AUGGCAUCCUCCAAACGCCGACGUGGCUACGCGUCAUCAACAUUCGGGACCGACGAUGACGACGGGUUCCCCGACAUCGAUGCUCUUGUCAGCAGCAAGGAAUUGCAGGCCCAAGCGGUCACAGACAAGGCACAAAAGCAACCAAAGGAGCGCUCGAGUACGGAAGAGGCAGCAAAGCCAGCCACUACAAUUCGGAGGCGGAAACUGGGGCCUUUGACGGACAAUUUGUUGUUGAAGGCGUGGACACCAGACAGCGCGGAGAGCGCCGGGGUAAAGAAACAUGCGGGUAGGGGGCGGGAGAAGAGUGAGCCGCGACGGACGAGGGUUGAGCUGAGAACCAGGAACACGAAACUCGCGGUCGUUAUCCCUUCAUCCCCGGCCGACUUAGACGAUGAAUAUGUGUCGGCGCAAGAGGAGGCUAGCAUCAUCGAGGAUGUGUCUAUGUUCGACGACACAUUCCACUCCUGUGGGUCGGAGGGCUCAAGCUUGGAGAAUAACGGUCACGAAGAUGACGAGGAUGGUGAGGAUAUCUUCGGCCCAGAUAUCCCUCCAAAGAGAUCGCCGGUAAAGCCAAGGUUGCCGCCCAAGGACAGAGUGCAAAGAGGGCGUAGAAGCCGGGAGACGUCAAGCGAAGUGCAGUCCAUGCUCGGCACAGAAGAGGAUGGUCCAUCUCAGCCAAAAUUGAGCCGGACAUCUUCCGGGUUACAGGGUCCCAGGUCCAACUUAUCCACGGGACGCGGAAGAGAGCUCAAUGCCAAAGAGACGGACAAAGGUUUUGCAGAAACCCUGUCCAAGCUUCGGCUUGAUGAGACCGAGGAGAAGCCAGGGAGGGCCAAGGACACCAAGCCAGAAAACGGCGCAGCUACACCUCCCUCGACACCACCAAAAUCACGGCCUGGACUCGUCUCACCGAGGAAGCUACCUCGAAUCCCCGUCACACCCCAUCGUCCGAGCUCCGACAUGUUCUGGAGUCAGGAGUUCGUCGACGAAUGGAAUGAAGAGCAUUCCCCUCGGAAGCAACUAUUCCCAGACGCCGCCGCAGCCAGGCAGAGGAGCCCGACCAAGAGCAAUCCCGAGAAGAAACCACAGAAGACCCCAGGGGCAAAAAAACCAUCCGAGCGAGAGGCAAAAAAGGCCUUCGAAAAGAUCAAGCACGAACUUGCCCAAGCCUUCCUCCAAGAACUCGACGAAACCAUCACCAACGGCAAGCUCACCGAGCUAGCCGCCUCGACAGGCGGCAUCAGGCUGAUGUGGACCAACAAGCUCAACACGACCGCGGGUCGCGCCAACUGGAAGCGCGAGACGAUCCGCAGCACCGCCCGCCCCGCCGACAACCCUUCCUCCUCCUCCUCCUACUCCUCAUCCCCAUUUAUCACCACGACGAGCACCACCACCGCCCCGAAAUACAGACACCAUGCCUCGAUUGAGCUCGCCGAAAAGGUCAUCGACGACGAGCACCGCCUGCUGAACGUGCUGGCGCACGAGUUCUGCCACCUAGCCAACUUCAUGAUCAGCGGCGUGACAUCCAACCCGCACGGCGCACAGUUCAAGGCCUGGGCGGCGCAGGUGUCGCGCGCGUUCGGCGCCAGCCGCGGUGUGCAGGUGACCACCAAACAUUCGUACGACAUCGACUUCAAAUAUGUCUGGCAGUGUGUGGCGUGCAAGAUGGAAUUCAAGCGGCACUCGCGCAGCAUUGACCCCGCGCGACAUCGGUGCGGGAGUUGUAGGAGUGAGCUUGUGCAGACGAAGCCUGUGCCGAGGAAGAAGAAGAAGGAGGACGGGGAGGGCGGUGGUGGUACUGGAAAGGUGAGCGAGUAUCAGGCUUUUGUGAAGGAGCAGAUGCGGGUGGUGAAGGCGGAGAAUCCGAAGAGUCCGCAGAAGGAGAUCAUGAAGAUCGUGGCUAGUCGAUGGGCGGCGAAGAAGGAUAAGGCGGCGACGCUAGAUGGAGGGAUGCAGGCGGUCGAGGAGGGUAUGCGGGAGCUCGCGGUGUAGGUCGAGCGGGAAAAGCAGCAUUAUACCCAAUGUAUGGAGUAGCAAGCGUGAAACAUUGAAUAAACUGUGCCAUCAUUAGUGGUCAUGAGCUCAUC